UCCCACUCUCCCAUAAACAAGAACAAUCAAUUUUCUCCAAAGACAAAGAGAACUCCAUUCUCCAUUCCCCAUAGCAGCAAAUUAAGAGUUUAUAUUGCUGGUGAACUCUUCAAAAUUUGCAGAAAAUGGAUGAAGCGGAGUCUGUAGACGUGAGCAGAAAAGAUCUUGUUUGGAAGUAUACAAUCUCAAAUCCGAAUGAGAAGUAUUUUAAGUGUAAGUUUUGCAAGCAACAAUGUACGGGCACUAUCAACCGAUUGAAACAUCAUUUAGCAGGUACUCGUAAAGGAAUGAAGCCUUGUCCCAAAGUUCCUGGUGAUGUAGCAGUAGAAUGUAAUAAAGUAUUACAGGAGUUGAAAGAUUCAAAAGCUAGGCGAAAUGCUACUAGGGAAGAAAUCCGAAUUGCUGCAACUGGAGGUAGUCAUAUUGGUGGUGAAUCUGGUAACUCAUCAUGUAAUGACGCUAUAUCACCAAAGCUCAGAGGUCCUAUAGAUAAUUUUGUAAAUUCUCAAGCUAGGCAAGCUACUUUGAAUUCUAAAUGGAAAAAAGAGGAAAGAAAAUUAGUUUGUCAACAGAUUGGUCGAUUUUUCUUCUCAAGUGGGAUUCCAUUUAAUGUUGCAAACGAUCCUUACUAUUUGCCGAUGUUUGACGGAGUAGCAAACUUUGGGCCAGGUUUUCAGCCUCCAACGAUGCAUGAGCUAAGAACAUGGAUACUAAAAGAAGAAGUAGCCAACAUUAACAGGAUGCUAGAAGAACACAAAAAUUCAUGGAAGCAAUAUGGUUGUUCUAUAAUGUCAGAUAGUUGGUCGGAUGGAAAAAGUAGAUGUUUCAUCAACUUUCUUGUGAGCAGCCCAGCAGGUACUUUUUUUUUAAGAUCCAUUGAUGCGUCUGAUUCAAUAAAAACUGGUGAGAUGCUUGCAUCGCAUUUGAAUAAAAUUGUAGAUGAAGUUGGGGAGGAAAAUGUGGUCCAAAUGAUACCGAUAAUGGUUCAAAUUUUGUCAAUCUUUGAAAAAGGAUGAUGGAAACUCGGCCUCAUAUGUAUUGGACCCCAUGUGCGCAUAACCGCAUCGAUCUCAUGUUAGAGGAUAUAAGUAAGUUGAAAAUUCAUCAAGAGACACUCAAAAAAGCAAAAGAUGUGGUAAAG